GCUUUCUUUACUUAUACCUAGGUACUUAAGCUGGCCGCUCCAACAACCUUGACUUCAACUCCCCAAUAUCGAGUUUAUUGUUGUCGCAUUUGCACUCGUGUACCCCAGACUUGAAUAGCUCUCCUAGUUCUUUCAGCCCGCAACCAGCAGUCAAUAUGUCUCUCAAGAACGACAAGUUCCCGUCCUCGGCCGCUUUUGAUGCCAUCAAUGAUGCGCUGAACACCAGCGAAGCGGAUCGCAAGGACGCCAUCAACAAGGGAGGUGCCAUCUUCGCCUUUACGCUCAAGAACAAGGCGGGAGAGACCGAUAGCUGGCAUAUCGAUCUGAAGAACAACGGCGCCGUCGCAAAGGGCCUAGGGGAGAAGCCGACAGUUACCCUCUCGCUUUCCGACGAUGACUUCGGCAAUCUCGUCACCGGCAAGGGCAACGCCCAACGGUUAUUCAUGUCUGGAAAGCUCAAGAUCAAGGGCGACGUGAUGAAGGCCACGAAGCUGGACCCCAUCCUCAAGAAGGCGCAAACCAAGGCGAAGCUGUAAAAAAACAGAAAAGAAACUUGCCGGCUGUGGUUAAGGAUGUGGCUUACAUGGUAGAUAUUUUGUACAUUACGCAGGCCCUUGCCGUUGUACCACGCGACUUGGAUAAGUAUUGUUGGUAUUGUGGAAUUGGCUUAACGGUUGCGCGUGGACUUGGAUAUGCAAGCCUCUUUUGUGAGGUCCCCUUUCAUCUUCCUCUUGGGCCAUGGUGUAACCUGACUUGACGAGAAUUGUCAUCUACUACGCAGUAUAGAAGUACGGUGCUGAGUACAGAUUAGAGCCUCGCCGGUCUUCUAAAUGGAGGUUGUUUGCUUCCAUGCCUAUGGUCGUCG